CCGGUCUACCUAACAUGGCUAACUAGCACAAGUCGCACUGCUAGCAAGUUGAGGGAGAAAACAAAAACAAAAAAAACCACAGCCAGCUUUUGUCAAUGUCGGCGGCAGUAACAACAUCCCCUUGCUACUGUCUUCUUUUUCUUAACCUUAAUUGGACCGCAGCGGCGAGGAGUUUGAGUCGGCUUUCUUUCUGACGUUUUAGUCUUGGAGGUAGUGGAAGGGUCUCGUGUACCUCUGAGAGAGAGUUCAUUUUGAAUCCUCUGGAGACUUCUGGGUCGCCCAGCCAAGAUGUCCUCCAUCUUGCCAUUUACUCCACCUGUGGUGAAGAGGCUUUUGGGCUGGAAGAAGUCAACCAACGGCCCAGGCGGCGCUGGUGUCGGAGAACCCAACGGCCACGAAGAGAAAUGGUGCGAGAAGGCUGUGAAGAGCUUAGUAAAGAAGUUGAAGAAGACAGGCCAGCUGGACGAGCUGGAGAAAGCCAUCACCACGCAGAACUGCAACACCAAGUGUGUCACUAUUCCCAGCAAUUGCUCAGAAAUAUGGGGACUGAGUUCACCAAACACUAUAGAACAAUGGGAUACAUCAGGCCUUUACAGCUACUCGGACCAAACAAGGUCUCUUGAUGGCCGCAUGCAGGUCUCCCACAGGAAGGGCCUUCCCCAUGUUAUCUAUUGCCGUUUGUGGCGGUGGCCAGACCUUCAUAGCCACCACGAAUUGCGUGCAAUCGAGGCCUGUGAGUAUGCCUUUCACCUCAAGAAGGAUGAGGUCUGCAUCAACCCUUACCAUUAUCAAAGGGUGGAGACCCCAGUUCUGCCUCCGGUUCUUGUGCCAAGACACUCAGAAAUUCUGACAGAGCUGCCGCCUCUGGAUGAUUACACUCAUUCCAUACCUGAGAACACAAACUUUCCUGCAGGAAUUGAUCCUCCAAAUAAUUACAUACCAGAAACCCCUCCACCAGGCUACAUAAGUGAGGAUGGGGAGGCCAGCGAUCAACAGAUGAAUCAAAGUAUGGAUACAGGUUCUCCAGCAGAGCUGUCGCCCAGCACUCUGUCACCUGUCAAUCACAGCAUGGACCUGCAGCCCGUGACUUACUCGGAACCAGCCUUUUGGUGCUCAAUAGCUUACUAUGAGCUAAAUCAACGUGUCGGCGAGACGUUCCACGCCUCACAGCCUUCAUUGACGGUAGACGGCUUUACAGACCCAUCGAACUCUGAGCGAUUCUGCUUAGGCCUACUGUCGAAUGUCAACAGGAAUGCCACUGUGGAGAUGACUCGAAGACAUAUAGGAAGAGGAGUUCGACUCUACUACAUAGGUGGGGAAGUGUUUGCUGAGUGUCUGAGUGAUAGCGCCAUCUUUGUACAGAGUCCAAACUGCAAUCAACGGUAUGGAUGGCAUCCAGCAACAGUGUGUAAAAUUCCACCAGGCUGUAAUUUAAAAAUCUUCAACAAUCAGGAAUUUGCUGCUCUGCUGGCUCAGUCAGUCAACCAGGGCUUUGAGGCUGUGUACCAACUCACCAGGAUGUGCACCAUACGAAUGAGCUUUGUCAAAGGCUGGGGAGCAGAGUACAGGAGGCAGACUGUUACAAGCACGCCUUGCUGGAUCGAGUUGCAUUUGAACGGUCCUCUACAGUGGCUAGACAAGGUUCUGACUCAGAUGGGUUCCCCUUCUGCACGCUGUUCCAGUAUGUCCUAGGUAACCAAGGAACCUCACCCUCCCCAAAAAGAAAAAAAAAAAUACAAAGAUCAGUUCUAAUAAUGGGUCUUAUCAAGGAAACCCAGCAAAUUUAUUUUUGUCAUGUACUUCAUUCUAUUUGUGACCUUGAUCCACAUACUUCUAAACAUUUACACACACACAGAUUUUUCAGUAAACAAUUUGGCACUUUGUUAGUCAUCUUUGUCAUGCACCUUGUUCAAUUGCUCCACCCCCCCCAAAUCCUUUAUUGAUAUUUGAUCAUUUUUGUGGUACAAAAGAAAAGUGUCUUUGUCCAGGAAGGAGGGAAAAAUACCAAAAAGAAACCUAGAAUAUUUCUCCGUGUUGAAAGAGUUUCUAGUAGAGCCCGCACCAACUUUCACGAGCACUGACCUUUCUGUUUCUCUGAGAAACAUGGCCCGUGAGUUUUGUCAGUCUGCUUGGUGGUGGGGGGAGGGGGGAGUGACCGUGCAGUUGAACUUUUAUAAAAUUUGAUGAAAUCGACCUCACUGUUUGCUAGGCUUGACCUACCCCUCCCCCUUUUUUUUUUUUUUUUUUUUUUUAACAUUUGUGUCGUUCUAAGACAUACUUAAAUGACGAAUAGGAAUGUUUGUUUCUAAAUCCAAAAAAAAAAAAAAACCCAAACAAACUGAAAAUUCAGUAUGUUUGAUCAUUUUUUUGUCAUUAUAUGGCAGUAUUUGUGUCCACUAUGAAGUUGACUUGCAUCUCACCUUGCAUCCCGGUUUACAAACUGGGUGUGCAGGGUGCACUGGGCAGGAACCAGAGAGUCUCCGCUGUUGGCAAGAGUUUGUUUUCUUUAUGACACAACACGAGGAGAGGCCUUGAAUUGUCUCCCCAGGAUUAACUGAAGGUAUCGGCGAGUAUUCAUCAUCGGUUUUUAGCCUAUAUCCCAAUUUUUUUGCUACUUUUUUGUAUUAUCAUGUAUUUUUAUAUAUAAAUGUACCUUAAACAUUUCUGUCAUUCACAUUUUCUAUUAAAGUGAUAUUUUCAAUAACAUGGGGCUGUUUGAAAAAAACUGACCGGGAAGGCUUGGAUUAUUCCUUCGUUAAGGCCAGAGGUGUCCAAAGUGCGGCCCGGGGGCCAUUUGCGGCCCGCAGGUCAUUUUUUACCGGCCCCACGGCACAUUUUAAAAAUUAAAAACAUAAAAAGUGGUAUAAAAGGGCAAACAGGUGAAAUGUAACAAGAACAUGUUGCAAUUUUUACGCUAAUAACACAAAGCUGCCAUGCAGGCUGUUUCUUUCUUUAAAAAAAAAAUUGUUACUCAAAAUCAUUAUGAAUUAUUGACCAAUUCAAGGCUCCAAUUAUGUCACAUUAAAUAUUCCACUUUGAGAUAUUUUUGGGGGCAAAUGUUGCCAUAUAAAAAACUGAGCUGUUUUUUUUUUUUUUUUUAAAGAAUGGCCUAAAACGAACAAACAAAAAAACUUAUAAUUGACGGAUAGAUCUGAAGUUGAUCUCGAGACCAUUGUGUUAAAAGUAAACAGUAAAAAAAAAAUUAUAAUUUAUUUUUUAACACUUUAAUGAGUAGGACCCUUUUGGAUCAGUGUGUUUUGUUUUUAAGUGUCAUUGCACAAAAAAUAAUAGUGAAAUAAAAUCAAUGCUGUUAUGAGUUGUUGACCGUUUUCCGGCUCCAAAUAUUGCAUAUUUUGUUUUUGUUUUUCAAUUAAAAAAACAUGGUUUUCUUUGGGGGGGAAAAAGAGCUUACAAAUAAAUCUUUAAAAACGUCAUAUUGACAGAUAGUCCUAAUGUUGAUCUAGAGAUUUAAAACUUGAAUAAUAAUAUAAUAAUACUGAAUAAUGACACAUUUUUUACAUUUUAUUUUUACCAAAACCCUUUGAUCAAGCCUGAGUGUAGGCCUAAAUAUAUAUUUUUUAUACAUAUAUUGUAUUGGUUUUUAAAAUAAAUGGCCCCCGCUCGCUUCGAUUAUUCAGUGUGCGGCCCUCAGUGGAAAAAGUUUGGACACCCCUGGUUUAGCCCCAACGGUUCAGCUGGAAUUGGUUUCCAGUAACAGCUCUUUGUCCCAGUGAAACAAAUAUUUGUUCCAUAUGUUCUGUACCCUCUUUUAAAAUCUUUUUUUUUUUUCUCCUAAAUAAUUUGUAAAAAAAACAACAAAAUGCAAUUUUCUCCAAUGGAUUCCAGAGGCUUGGCAAUAUGCUUUUCAUCUUCUCAUAUUUUUGUUGUUGUUGAAAACAUGAAAACACGGCCGUUUUUGUUCUCGGUCGAGAGAUUUAAUGUCCGGUAGAUGUCAUCGGCUUUUAAAAUUCUUCAAAUGUGAUCACGUUCUUAAAGAAAAGUGCAAAAAUGUGCCCCCUCACUGGGACGUUUGGUGUUAAAGUGUAUUGUAUUUAAUGUGUCUUAUGAAAUAUAGAAAUACAACACUUUCUUGCUCUUCCCCUUAUUGUCAGUAUGUGGCUGGUGUCCCCCUCCCCAUCCUCGAUGUAAAUGCCUUCACGCCAUGGCGCUCCAGAUAGUGACGUGUGGGGGAAAAAAGGGGGGGGAAGUGUUACAUAAUUGUAUAUUUGGCUUACAACAUAUGAAUGUGAAACAACAACCAAUGUGGACCAUACGUACAUAUGCAUCAUAGUAGUACAGUAUGUGUGUAUUUAACAGUUUUCUUUUUUGCAAAGCAGUCAGUAUAGUUGAUGUUGCAAAUUUUACCAGUAGAGGGGGGGUAUUAUUAGAGCAGUUUUCCUUUUCUGACCAUGAGCUUCUCAGGCGUGGGGCAUAUUAUGCAGACUUAAUAAAACACUAAUAAAGAUUUCUAUUCUCCUGA